AUGCCCGUCGAACUCCGUAAACGCCCAGCACCAGCUGCUGUUGCGCCGCCGCCCGCCAAAAAGGCCGCGCCCGCGAAAUCGAAACCCGCAGCAAAGGAAGCGCCUGCUCCCAAGGCCGCCGCUGCGAAGAGCGCCGCGCCCAAGGUUGCUGCUGCUGCUCCCAAGCCUGCCGCCGAAUCGACCAAAUCCAAGGCUCCCAGCGUCGGCGACAGCAUUACGCUCGAGGGCUUUGGUGGAGAAAUCAGCACACAGGACGGCGAGACGACGACACUCGCCAAGCUGGUCGCGGACAGCAAAGCAGGCGUCGUCCUCUUUACGUAUCCUGCGGCAAACACACCCGGAUGUACGAAACAAGCCUGUCUCUUCCGCGACUUCUAUGAGCCUCUCACAGCCAAGGGUCUCAGCAUCUACGGUUUGAGCAAGGAUUCCCCUAAAUCCAACACGACUUUCAAGACCAAGCAGAAGCUUCCCUACCCGCUGCUGUGCGACCCCGAACUCUCCCUCAUCAAGGCCAUUGGUUUACUCAAGGCACCGAAGAGCACUACCCGGGGUGUCUUUGUGGUUUCUAAGGAUGGCAAGGUCCUUGCUGCGGAGCCCGGUGGUCCUGAGCCGACUGUCAAUGUGGUGAAGAAACUUGUCGCGAGCAUGGAUGGCGCCGAAGAGGCAAAGUCCGCCGACGAUAAGGAACCGGCUGAAGAUGCCAAGGAGGCGGAUGAGGCUGAGAAAGCCGAGGCAUGA